UUUAGCAUUUUCUCUCUUAUUGAAUCUGGCCAAGAAGUAAAAAGGAUAGAAAGUAAGGUGACUCUUGCGAGCAGAUAGGGCGGGUGCAAUCUCUGGUUUCCGGCGUCCUCGGUUGCUAAGGGAGACCGGAAGCGCCCGUGUGCUCGGUGGGUGCAACCAUAGAGUGCCGGAAGCAGUAACCAUAGAGUGCUGGGGAAAGCGUGAGCAGAGGGGUCGGGGAAGAAGGCUGCAGAGACUUGGUUUCCGCGGAAAUGACAACGUUAGUGCUGGAUAACGGAGCUUACAACGCCAAAAUCGGUUACAGCCAUGAAACUGUCUCAGUUAUUCCAAACUGUCAGUUCAGAUCAAAAACAGCACGUCUUAAAACUUUUACUGCUAACCAGAUAGAUGAAAUAAAGGACCCUUCUGGACUCUUUUAUAUUCUUCCUUUUCAAAAGGUUGACUUUUUAGACACUAAUAUUAUUAUCACAGAACCAUAUUUUAACUUCACUUCAAUUCAGGAAUCAAUGAAUGAAAUCUUAUUUGAAGAAUACCAGUUUCAAGCAGUAUUAAGAGUAAAUGCUGGGGCUCUCAGCGCACAUAGGUAUUUCCGGGAUAAUCCUUCUGAGUUAUGCUGUAUCAUUGUAGAUAGUGGGUAUUCCUUCACACACAUAGUUCCUUACUGUCGGAGUAAGAAGAAGAAAGAAGCAAUUAUUCGGAUAAAUGUGGGAGGAAAACUCCUAACCAAUCAUCUAAAAGAAAUCAUAUCUUAUAGGCAGUUACAUGUUAUGGAUGAAACACAUGUGAUUAAUCAAGUGAAAGAAGAUGUAUGCUAUGUGUCUCGGGAUUUUUAUAGAGACAUGGAUAUUGCCAAGUUGAAAGGAGAAGAAAAUACAGUAAUGGUAGACUAUGUUUUGCCUGACUUUAGUACAAUUAAAAAGGGCUUUUGUAAGCCAAGAGAAGAGAUGGUGUUAAGUGGAAAAUACAAAUCUGGGGAACAAAUUCUUCGUUUGGCCAAUGAGAGAUUUGCUGUUCCAGAAAUACUCUUCAAUCCUUCUGAUAUAGGCAUUCAAGAAAUGGGAAUUCCAGAAGCUAUUGUCUAUUCAAUUCAGAACUUACCUGAAGAAAUGCAGCCACAUUUUUUUAAGAACAUCGUUUUGACAGGAGGAAAUUCCCUUUUCCCAGGAUUUAGGGAUCGUGUUUACUCGGAAGUUCGAUGUCUCACUCCAACAGAUUACGAUGUUUCUGUUGUGCUGCCUGAAAACCCUAUUACUUAUGCCUGGGAAGGCGGAAAGUUGAUAUCAGAGAAUGAUGAUUUUGAAGAUAUGGUGGUAACAAGAGAAGAUUAUGAAGAGAAUGGACAUAGCAUCUGUGAAGAGAAAUUUGAUAUUUAAGAAACAUUUCUGAAAGUUCUGACUUACUAUGACAAAGGUUUAAUUUUUCAGUGUUCUUUUUAAAGGAAGUUAAGGACCUGUGUUAGCUUUCAUCCUAAGAUAACAUCUUGAACUUAUGUAAAUACUCUGCUCCAUGGCUAAUUUUCAAAGGUUUCUUAGCUAGGUAGUAAGUAAACUGUAACUCACCCCAUAUUUUCAUUUAGGAGCUAGACUUAUUCUAACAAUGCUUAUGCUGUUUCUGAGAGUAAGUUAUCUUUCAUUAAAAGAUGAAAGAGUGAGUGUAAUUUAAGUUUAAUUCUUUAUAGCCAAAAACACAAACUUAACUAUCUUACUGGUCAGGUUUCCUUAGAAGGUAGUUUUGUGUGACUGACUCAGAAUUGACUAGUGUGUGUUCAUCAUUUCCCUUCCCCAGUGGAGAUACAAUUUCUCUCUUUUAGAACUAAGUAUUUUAUUUUUAAAUUGUCAUUUUUAUUUAUAUAUACUAAAGUUGGAAAAACUGAUCUAUGUUUGUAUCAUGUUUAUUUUUUACUUGGCGUAAGUGUGAAAAGAUGACAAUCUAAACCGACUUAGUCCAGUGUUUUUGAUCACUGCUGUGUUUCAGAAGUGUAUUAUUUCACUCAUAAAAACACUAUACCAUU